GCUAAUUAGACGGUUUCAUGCUUUUUUGGUUGGAAACUAUGGAUUAGUUUAACUUUAAUUAGUUAGUAGUUGGCAGCUUGUUUAAUUCGUACGUCGAUAAAUUAAUGAUUAUCCUGUGGGCUUUCUUGUUUCAGGGUUCUCUCUCUCUGUAUACAUGAUACUUAUCUUGUGGCAGGGUUCUUGAUUUGCAUGGUUUUUUGCUUUUAAUUGCAACCUGUAUUUAUAUAAAUUAUUCUACCUCCGUUGUCGUGCUGGUUUUACCCUUUCAAUUCUCGAGUCUCUGGCUCUCAUUUCUGGGUUUUUAACUCUCAGGUUAGACUAGAAAAGAAAAUGAAGGUUUUUGCUGUUGAGGUUGAAGAGGGAAGGGAAGGAAAAGAUGGAAAUCCGUCCGUUGGUCCUGUGUACCGAAAUGUACUAUCUAAAAACGAAUUUCCUGCACCUGAUUGUGAUAUGGAUACAGCAUGGGAUCUCUUCAGUGUAUCUGUAAAGAAGUAUCCUGAAAAUAAAAUGCUUGGUUGGCGUAAAUUUGUCAACGGGAAGGUGGGGCCUUACGUAUGGAAAACAUACAAGGAAGUGUAUGAAGAAGUUCUGCAAAUUGGCUCUGCAUUGCGGGCCUCUGGUGCUGAACCUGGCUGCCGAGUUGGAAUAUAUGGAUCAAACUGUCCUCAAUGGAUUGUGGCAAUGGAGGCUUGCAGCGCCCACAGCUUGGUUUGUGUGCCUCUCUAUGAUACCCUUGGGCCAAAUGCUGUAAAUUUUAUAGUAGACCAUGCAGAGAUUGAUUUCGCUUUUGUCCAAGAUAAAAAAGUGAAAGAAUUACUGAAUCCAGAUUGCGGAUCUGCUUCACGGCUGAAAACUGUUGUUUGCUUUACGUCAUUGACUGAGGAAGAGAAGGACAAGGCAGAACAAAUACAGAUAAAACCUUACUCUUGGGAAGAGUUUCUCCGUUUGGGAAAAGAGAAUCCCUCAGAAACAUCGCCACCUCAUCCUUUUAGCAUUUGCACGAUAAUGUACACGAGUGGAACUAGUGGAGAUCCCAAAGGUGUUGUCUUAACUCAUGAAGCAGUGAUGAGUUUUCUAAGAAGCGUUGAUCUAUUUAUGGAACAAUUUGAAGACAAGAUGACAGUUGACGAUGUAUAUCUAUCUUUCCUCCCUCUUGCUCAUAUACUGGACCGCAUGAUUGAGGAGUACUUCUUCCGAAAAGGUGCUGCUGUUGGCUACUAUCAUGGGGAUUUGAAUGCACUGAAAGAUGAUUUGAUGGAGUUGAAGCCCACAUUUUUAGCUGGCGUACCUCGAGUUUUCGAAAAAAUACACGAAGGUAUAAAGAAGGCAUUAGAAGAACUGAAUCCUGUCCGCAGACGAAUUUUUGAUGCUCUCUAUAAAUACAAACUGUAUUGGAUGAAUCUUGGAUACAAACAGAAAUAUGCUUCACCACUAGCAGAUUUGUUAGCCUUCAGAAAGGUCAAAGCUAAGUUAGGUGGCCGUCUUCGACUAAUCAUAUCUGGAGCUGCACCCCUGAGUACUGAAGUGGAAGAAUUCUUAAGGGUCACUUGCUGUGCUUUCGUGGUCCAAGGCUAUGGAUUGACAGAGACCUGUGGACCAGUCACCAUUGGCUUCCCGGAUGAAAUGUGCAUGAUGGGUGCUGUUGGGGCUGUAUGUGUGUGCAAUGAGUUGCGCCUAGAGGAGGUUCCAGAGAUGGGCUACAAUCCGCUCGGGAACCCUCCUCGUGGUGAGAUAUGUGUGAGAGGAAAGACUCUCUUUUCUGGGUACUACAAGAAUCCUGAACUAACAAGAGAAUGCAUGAAAGAUGGAUGGUUCCAUACAGGGGAUAUAGGAGAAAUUCAUCCGAAUGGAGUUGUAAAGAUUAUCGAUAGGAAAAAACAUCUAAUUAAACUUUCACAGGGAGAAUAUAUCGCACUGGAGUACUUGGAAAAUGUUUACAGUAUCACUCCAAUUGUUGAAGACAUAUGGGUUUACGGAGACAGCUCCAAGCCGAUGCUAAUUGCAGUAGUAGCACUCAAUGAAGAAAACACAAAAAAGUGGGCAUAUUUAAAUGGUUUUCUGGAUUCAUUUUCUGCACUUUGUUCUCUUGAUCAGCUACACGAAUAUGUCCUCUCAGAACUGAAGUCUACAGCUGAAAGAAACAAGCUUAGGGGUUUUGAACGUAUAAAAGGAGCGAUUUUGGAGUCUCGCCCUUUCGAUAUGGAAAGAGAUUUAGUGACUGCAACACUGAAGAAGAAAAGAAAUAAAUUGCUAAGCUAUUAUCAGCUGGAAAUUGAUCAACUUUACAAAACUUUGGGAGGGAAAAGAGGGUAAUCAGUCUUCUGCAGUCUUUAGCUGUUGCCCGACGCCUGGCGUUCCAGUUUCCGCAUAUAUGAUGCAUCAAUGUAUAUUUCUGUGUCAGCAAGAAUGACUUAUUUUGAGUAUCAAUUAUUCCUGCUUGAUAAAUAAGCAAAAAAUUUCAAAUCUA